CGCCGGCCGCCCGCCCUACCGCGUGCGCACGAACACGUCAAAAUAAUAACAGAUUUUCUUGAGGUCUCCUGGGAUCUUAGCUCAUGGACACAAGUUAGAGUUACACAAUGUCCUUCAGAAAUUAUUAUGAUUCGUCAUCUUACGGCCGCAGCCGAGACACCGGGCGCAGCUCGUCCACUUCCAGCGUGGCGACCGACCGGCCGACCUCAGUCACCGCCAAAUACAUCACCACCACCCCUUCUUACAAGUCCUCAAGCAUCCCCAUACUCAGCCCCGAACGAACUAAAGACGAAACACCCAUCUCUACCAUCGCCAGCCGAUAUUCCAGCUACGGUAAAAGCGACAAAACUAUUCCCAAAUAUGAGAAAAAAGAUUACUCGAAACUCACUGUGCCUUCUAUCGCUAAAAGUAGAGAUGUCAGUCCGGUAUCAGCUUCAUCGAAGUACAGUUAUAAUCGACCUUCCAGGCAUUUGAGUCCUGAGAGAAGAACGACAAAAAGUUAUAAAGAAAAAAGCCGAGAUCCCAGUCCUAUGGAUCGCGAAAAAGACAUUCCAAGCAAGACUGAUAAGGCUUCGGGCUACAGUAGCCUGUCGAGCUACAAAUUAUAUCCAAGAACUUCAAGUUAUACCCGACCUGCAUCUAGAACGGAAACAAAACCAGAAAUUAGCGUGAAUAGAUAUGCUAUAGCUAACCGCUUGUCUUCAAAUUAUUUAAGAAGUCCCCCUACAGUGAAAAGAACAUCGGUGUCUCCAGUGAAUCAUGUAGUAGAAUCUCCUAAAAACGAUACUGAAAAACCAAUAUCACCAUCGAUUUUAAUCCAAGACGCAAAUCAUUUGCCUAAAAUGGAAAGUGUACCUGAAAAAAAUGAGGGAGAAAAUAUAUUACAAAAUAAGGAAAACACAAUAAAAAAUGAAGAUGAACUCGAAUCAGUAACAAUUAUUACCCGACAUACAUCACCUACGCCACCUGGUUCAUCUGCUUAUGUACGGAGUAGACGUGCUGAGAUGGCUAAAACAACAGAAAAGACAAUUACUAGAUUGAAAAAGCGACCACAAAUGAUGGAUAAAGAAGUUCAAUCAGAUAGACUAGAUGAUUCAACUAGAACAAGCAGGUUCGGUAGCACGGCAAGAGCAACUUCAACUAACUGGACUUACUAUUCCCCAAAUAGUUACACAGGAUAUGCUGGAAGAUAUUCUACACAAUAUUCAACGCUUCGUGAAAAUGCACCAAAUAAUUCUUACAAUGAUAGAAGCAGUCGAAGUCACAGCAGAGAACCACCGCCAGGAGAUAGUAAUAAUUCUAGUCCUUAUAAUAAUAAUAGCAGUAAAAGCAUCUCCGUUACUAACUCAAACGGCAAUAAUCAAUCAAAUGAAUCAAAUCAAGAAAUUGUUGCAGUUUAUGAACAUAACAAAGACGAUGAUACAUCCGAAAUUAUUAUAAAUGUAAACCUAAAACUCAAGAGAGCAAAAAGUCCACAAACUACCACAAGUGAACUGGUCUCACCAGAAUCAAAUAAAAAUAGUACCAGUCAAUUGCCACCACAAGCUCCAAAAACAGAUGGAGCUACCAAAAUAAAAAAGAUUAAAGUAAGAAAAUCUAGUACAGACUCAUCAUCAGAUUCAUCAUCUAAGAAAAAAAUUAUUAAAAAGCGAAGUAAGUCUGUUAGCUCUACAGACUCUGAUCAAGCAAGCGAGUCAAACGAUAAACAAAAAGAUUCAUCUGUUUCUCCGCCAAAAAAUAUUCAGAAGAAGUCUUCAACAAGUAAUAUACACAAUGGCCAUCAAAAAUUAAAGCAUUCCAAAUCUAGAGAAAGUAAUAGUCCGGAGUCUAGUUUAACAUUGUCUACACAAUCAUCAAUAAGUGAAGAUGACUCCGUAUCAAAGUCUAAAGCUCAAGAUGUAUCUAGAACUUCGGCUGAUGAGUUGUCUAUACCAACCGACAAAUCAGGAAAACAAUCAUCACCAGCGAAAAAUGAAGGAGGUGCAGAAGAAGCUAAAUCAUUUUUGAUUCGCGCUCUUGCGCCUGUAACCAACUUGUUUAAAAUGAGACAUCAAGACUCCAGUGAUAAUAGUCGAUGGCCUGAAAAUUCUACAUCUGAAUCAACUGGCAAAGAUAUAUCUAAUCUUCUAACGGAAAGUGAUAGGUCAAGUAAAAGCAAAAAUAUUAUUGCAUCGAAUGAAGAUAAUUUAGUACAAUUGAAAGCUAUACGGCAUAUCGAGUCUGGUGAAAGAGCUUGGUGGUUAGAUUCCGAAUCCGAUAAACAAAACAAAACAAGUAGCAGUGAAAAUCAGAGUGCAGAAAAAAUUAUGUGCAAAAAAAUUAAACGCAUAGAAUCCGGUGAAAAAGCUUGGUGGUUGGAAUCGAAUAGUGAAAAUGAACAAACGCCAAAAUCCAAUCAUGUUGAAAAUACAAACAAUAACAGACAAGGAUCAAAAUUUCAAUCUAUAGAUGAUGAAAAGCCAUGGUGGCUUGACAGCAGUGCUAAUAUACCAGAAGGUAUUGAGAGGUUAUCACCACCUAGAAAAACGUCUAGUGAAAGUGACAAAAGUGAAAAAUAUAACUUUUACAAAGUAAGGCAUAUAGAUUCCGGCGACACGAAAGAUUGGUGGCUUACAAGCAAUGAAAACUCUACCCAAAGUAAUAAACCUGAUGUCCAAAGUAGUUUAAGUAAAUCUGGAUCAGAUCAAAAAAGUUUUCCAGUAAGGCGUAUAAGACAUGUAGAAUCUGGUGAAAGACCGUGGUGGCUAUCUAGUGGAAAAAGCAUCCCAGAAGGUAUCGAGCAACUACCUACUCCACCGCCGCAAGAUGAUAGCGAGAGUUCGGGUUCAGAAGAAGUAGAAGUUUACGUACCAACUGCAGUUGUUCCACCAUUCCCGCUUCAUUUGCCAGACGAUGAACCUUUAGGAGAUAGAAGAAGUCCUGAAGGACUUGAAACUCCUAAAGAGAAUGAAGAUUACAGAGGACGGACUUCACCUUAUGAGAAUAAUCGUCAAUAUAGACGAAGGCAUUUAUCUUAUCCAAAGAAUAUGGAUAGGUACAUAUCUCGGUAUACAGAUAUUGACGAUAUUUUAGGUACAUCUAGUCAGAUCUAUAGCCCGUUCAUGGAUUCUAUUUUAGCUAGAAGGACAGGCCAAAUUCCAUUCGAGGAUGAUGACGAAUGUGAAGAAAUAGAUCCUACCCAAGUUAGGAUCCAUGAUAGUACCCCGCAGAGACCAGUUAUCAAGAAACUUAGAUGCAGGAGCGAGAUCGUCGACUAUCGAGAUGAGGAUCAGUUGGACGAUGCGACACUGCAAAUUUUCAAAGAUGGUGACUACGGACCCUACUUGGAUCUGGACUCGACGCUGGGCGAGCAGGACGAAGAGUUGGAAGGUCUGCAGGACAAUCGAAAAAAUGCGCUCGUACUUCGAACUCAGCUACCUGUACGUGUUCACGCCAUCAUUGAGAGGCUGUUAAACACACAGGGAAGAGAUCUUCGUCGUGCUCUGUUUUCGUUGAAACAGACCCUUCAGUCGGAUAAGGACUUUGUGCACGAGUUCGUGGCCAACAAAGGCCUGGACUGCCUGAUGCAAGUCAGCAACUUGGAGCAGCAGAACUACAUUGACUACACACUGAGGGCGCUAGGACAGAUCCUGCUUUACGUGGAUGGCAUGCACGGACUCAUGGCCCACAAAGGGUGCAUCCAGUGGCUCUAUUCUCUCGUCCUCAGCACAUACCGCCAUGUAGUUAAAACCACACUCAAACUACUAGUCAUUUUCGUAGAAUACUCAGAAAGCAACAGUUUACUCCUUAUCGAUGCUGUGAAAUCCGUCGACCUACCGCUCAGAAGAAGACCUUGGUUCAAUGUCAUGAAAAUACUUCAAGACGUGGACGCUUCUGAUACUGAACUUCUUAUAUAUGCAACCACACUUAUCAAUGCAUGCCUAAAUAAGAUUCCAGAAAGAGACACAUAUUAUGAUCAAGUAGAUUCCCUGCAAGAACAAGGUAUAGAUGAUAUAAUACAACUGUACAUGUCAAAACAAGGAACUGAUUUAGAUUUGCUAAGGCAGUUGCAAAUUUUCGAUGCUGUGCUCCAGUAUGAGGAUGGAGAUGAGACUGGCACUGCUCUUAAGCUUUUAGAUGAAUCAAUCAUUUCAUCCGUACGUCGAAGAAGUAUUCAGUCGAAUACUACAGAUCGAAGAAAAUCUAAAAAGCAACAAAUAAAAGAAAAGGCGAAACCUCCGGAACCAGAAAAAAUACCAAAUAAUCACAGGCCUCAGUUUUUACCGGCAAUAGAAAAUAAAGAUAAUGCAGAAUUAAGGACUGCUCUAAGAAGAAGAGAUAGAUUUGUAAGGCAAGCCCACCACAUAAGUCAUCAAGAGGAGCUUUUGAAAACCUCUUUUCCUGACUACAGCAAAUGUACAACAAACGGAAAUGGCACUAUUCAUUACACUAAUGGUCAUAAUCUCAACCAGGAGGCAGACAAUCCAUACUCAAUCAGGACUACGAGACAUGGACAGUUAGCUGAUGUUUUGAAGAAUGGGAACCAAAGAUACACUUCUGGUCUUAAACAAAGAAUUCAAAAUGGCACUUUAGGUCACAGCGUUAAUGGCGUGGAUGCAUUAGCUGCAAUUCGUCAAAAACAAUUGGAGAAUGCUGUUGAAACUAAAGAUGACAGAGAAAUACUACUUAAUAGAGAACAUAGUAUUAAGGACUUAGCACAGCGACUGACAAGUCCAGUUAGUCCUACGACUGAGGAAAAGCCCUUGAGAGUUGCUGAGAUGGCAGGAAUUGUGUCAAAGGCGAAAGAAGAGUUAGCCAAAUCACAAAAUAAAGAAGUAAUCAAAAGUCCCAGCAUAGAAAAGGCCCCAAAAUUAACACAUGAAAUUAAAGUAUCAGAGAAUGAUUUACACUGGGAGGAGUUAAAACAGGCUUCAUUAAACCGGCCGUUUCAUCUCUGUGAUCUAGAUUUCUCAGAAUUAAGGCAGGACUCCGAUGAUGAGAUUUCACAGGUCUCCAGUACGCCCAACGGCCCUCCUCCACCACCACCCAAUAUGUUAUCUGCAGGCCCACCUCCACCCUUACCAAAUUCAUUUUCAAACUCACCUAAAAAUUGUAUCCCAGCCCCGCCUCCUAAACCGUCUUUCACUACAGAAACUUCCACAAAAUCAGAAUGCUCAACAAUCAAAAAAAAUAAAAAGACUGUAAAGCUUUUCUGGCGAGAAAUUCAAGACAAUCCCGUACCUAUAAACUUCAGAUCGAAAAUUGGUGGAUGCAUUUGGGAUGACCUUCCAAAUAUACCUCUAGAUACAAAUAUUUUGGAACAUCUCUUCGAAUCCAGGACCAACGACUUGAUAAUCAAAGAAAAAUUAUCCGAACCAAAAAGAAACCUUAUCUUGGACGCGAAGAGAUCCAACGCCAUCAACAUUGCUAUGAAGAAGUUGCCCACACCUCAAUCAAUCAAAGCUGCUAUUAUGAAAAUGGACUCUACAGUCAUUAGCCGGGAAGGAAUAGAAAAGUUGCUAACUAUUCUGCCAACCGAGGAGGAGAAAAUUAAAAUACAGGAAGCGCAGUAUGCCAACCCUGACUUGCCGCUCGGCAGUGCUGAGCAGUUUUUACUGACCUUUUCCAUCAACGAACUCUCCUCCCGCCUUAAACUAUGGGUUUUCAAAUUAGAUUUUGACAACUUGGAGAAAGAAAUUGCUGAACCACUCAUGGAUCUAAUGCAAGGUAUUGAACUUCUAAAAAACAACAAGACUUUCAAAGUAAUUCUAUCUACUCUGCGAUCUGUGGGCAGCUUUCUUAACGGCAGCCAAGUCAAGGGGUUCCGGUUGGAGUAUCUGUCGAAGGUUAUGGAAGUGAAGGACACCGUACACAAACACCCCUUGCUGUAUCAUGUUUGUGAAAUUAUUAUAGAGAAAUUCCCAGAUACAACCGACCUGUUCAGUGAGGUGGGUCCUGUAAUAAGGGCGUCGAAGGUCGAUUUCGAUAUGCUAAGCGUUAACCUGGCCAGGCUAGAAGCCGACUGUAAAGCGGCUUGGGAUCACUUGAAGAAAAUAGCGAAACAUGACCCACAGAUCUUCAAAACGAAGAUCAACGAAUUCUUGACAGACGCAGCUGAAAGGAUCAUUUUGUUAACUAAAAUCAAAAAGAGGGUUAUGGCUAGGUUCGAUAAGUUCUUGAUGUAUUUACUCGUUCCUCCUGCUGACGUGUCAAAGACCAAAGCUUCGGAGUUCCUAAAAGUGAUAGCGGAGUUUGCUCUGGAAUACAGGACAACUCGGGAAAGGGUUCUGCAGCAAUUAGAGAAGAGAGCCAACCACCGCGAGAGGAAUAAGACCAGAGGCAAAAUGAUUAUAGAUGUAGCCAAUUACACCAAUAAGAACGGCGACAACAGUGCGGACAGCGCUCUCAAAGAAUUGCUGAAGACCGAUGCAGAUUCCCACAGCCUGACUGAAGGCCGCCGCAAAUCUAACACCAGGAGGCCGCUCAUCAAUGGAGAUCUAUCAGCUGAUGAGGAAAUCAUCGAGAGUCUAGUGAGGUCGGCGACCUCCAAGAGGAAACCCGUUCAGAGGGAGAGGAGGAAGAAUAGACUGUCCGAUAGAAAGAACUUUAAUAGAACCCUUGAUGGCCACCAAUCUUGGCCAGGAAGAGAAACAACAGCCGGAUGUAACGAGACUCAAGGGCGGUAGCAUGUGUGAUGCAGCGGAUGUGCCAAAAGUACCUAUAUCAUUAUUGUAAACAAAAUAAUUAUAACGAAUCCCAGGUGUUAAUAAAAAGCUGCUAUUGCACGCAAUUGACUUAACGUUUCAAUUUACUUGAGAAUACUUCUUUUGAACCUACCGCCUUGACAACGAUAGGUCUAAAAUGCAAAAUAAAAUUAUAUCAUGACCCAGACAAAAUUUAAUAAUGUUUUCUAUGUAUAUUUAUUAGAAAAAAAACUAAAAAAUAUUUUUAUACAAAACAAAGUAUUCGGUGAAACUAAGUGUACCUUAUAUGAUUUAUGUUUAUAGUAAUGUCCUAAAGGUAUCACCAAUAUUCAGCAUAAUUAAGAUUGAAUAGAUUUGCAUGAACUAAAGCAGUCCACAUAAUAGUCCUGAUGGCGGAGAUUUGCGCAGGUGCUCAUUACGCAUAGCUCAACUUAUGUGCCGUACACGUAUCACGUAAAUACAUUGUAACUGGAAGGCCCCACUGACUUUUGCAAAAAUCCAGAUGGAGGAAGACUUCGAAUUUUUCCUCUGUACAUCUUUUGGAUUCUCUCUUAUAGGAAAGAAACUGAAGAGAUAUAAAAAUCAUUCGCAGUAACGGGCACAGGAGUGCCCUUGUCAGGACGAUCCAAGCAAAGCUCAAGCGGCCUAUCUACCUUUUCUCGAAAGGUGUCGCCGUAUUUUUAACUCUCAUGGCUUUGGUUGUUGUGAUGCUUACUUUCUUUAAUUUUUAAGUACUUGUUUGGAUUCUAGUUUAAAUGUACUUCCGUGGUAUGUACCUCAAGCCAGCAAUGGAGGAUGUAAACUCUUUUGUAAUAUUCUCAUAACAUUAAGUUAGAUAAGUUAAUAAGCGCAUAUUAAUGAAUGUAUUUAAGUGUUCAGGCGGGUACUGUGGCAUUGUAAAAUAUAUAUAAAAUUAAUUUAUAUAAUUUCUUAAAAUAUUAUGACAUUGUAUGUUGCGUAUUGCAUGUAAAUAACUGAUGUAAAUAUGUGCACGGAUUCCCAAUAGUCCUUGAUCUCAAAAUUAUGUAAGAUUUUUUGUUCCUAUCUUUAGGCUUUCUUUUUUUAAUAACUGAUCCUUAAACUAGGCAAAUUAAUUUUUAUUUACUCGUAUAGUUAGUUACUUCUUUCUUGUACUUCACGGAUUGGUAACUAUAAUGUUUUACGUCAAAAAGAUUUUAUUUUUAUUGGCUAAAACUUAGUGACCUCAAUUUUAUUGAUAAGAAAGCUAAUUAGCUAAUUAAUUAAGUUAAUUAUCUUUGAUGGAUUACAAAUUCUGGUAAAUCUAGUUGGUAACUAGGUACGGAUGGAAAUGUAAAAUUUCUAUGACGACUAAUGAGAGUGCGUGCACAAAAAUAUAAGUAAUUAAUUUCUUAACAAAGAACAACAUAGCCCAGUGGCGUGGUCAGUGGUCAGUAGGUAUUGGUCUUUUUCACUUCACAGUUAAUAUAAAAUGAUACCGAACUUCGGGAUACAUAACAAAAAAUUGUAAAAUAAAAAUUUAUUUAUAUUUGCACCAAUUCUAUUUCUACUUUUGUUAUGAACUUUAAUUCUUUUUAUAUUAUAGUUCGACUCUAUCAGCCUGACCGCCACGUAGAAAUAAUCACUGUUUCAUAUUAUAAGAUAAUGUUUUUGUUUUCAUUUUUAAUGUAUGUACCUGUAUCUAUGUAAUAAUUUCUGAAAAUCACAAAAAUAAAGAUUAAAUUAAAAUCAAA